AUGAGAGCAACUUUUCCAUUUUCUUUUUCACUUCUCCUACUUUUUCACUGUCAACUAGCAGGAGCCAUCGAUGAAGAAUGUUAUCUGACUGUGGUAAUCUGCCAAAAAAUUUAAAGAUAGUCAUUUAUCAAAUUAUCAUUCAGCCAGAGAUUGCGAGAAAGUUUGGAUAUGAGUCGGAAGUUCAUUUGGUACGAACUAAAGAUGAUUACAUUCUGGAGCUGCACAGAAUUCCAUGCAAACACACUGGUGAGUAGGGCAUUUCGCAACUGUCUGCUUUUUGAGAAUUGGAACGAAAUCAGAAGCAGCGCUGCUUGGCUUCAUCCUGGACUACUGUGAUUUCAGAAAACUGCAACACCUUGUCAAAACGCCCGGUAGUAUUCAUGCAGCACGGCUUGCUCUCCGACGGUUUCUCGUGGAUCCCGAAUCUGGCGAAUCAGUCUGCCGGAUUUGUGUUUGCCGACGCAGGAUUCGAUGUGUGGAUCGCGAACAGUCGGGGCACUCCGGCCUCUCAGAAACACAUUGGAUUCGGUCCGGAGAAUCAGAAGUUCUGGAAUUUUACGUGGCAACAAAUGUCCGAGUACGAUCUGACCGCUUCUGUCGAUUACGUGCUACAGGAGAACAAACAGGACUUUUUGUAUUAUUUGGGUCACUCCCAAGGUACUAUGAUCAUGUUCUCAAGACUUGCCGAGAAUAAGGAAUUCGGAAAAAAGGUUUGAAUUUUUACUUUAACUUUACCACAAUUUCAUUAAAAGCUGUUUCAGAUCCGUCAAUUCCACGCACUUGCUCCCGUUGCUACCGUAUCUCACAUUGGCGGUCUGUUCGGAUUAUUCGGAAAACAAUUCUUGACGUACGCUGAAAUACUACUGGGACGUCUUCCGUAUACACCACUUUCGAUCCCAAGAACAGUUCAGAAGAUCAUCAGUUACAUGUGCAGUAAACUUUUGAUCAAAGACAUUUGUACCAUUGAUAUCGGGUUCAUCGACGGCAGCGAGAAGAUGUUCAAUCAGGUACUGUUUUCAUAAAAUAAGUUCUAAUUAACAUCGUUCAGUCACGAGUAGGAGUGUAUUUGUGUCACACACCCGCAGCCACUUCCGUCAAAGACCUUCAACAUUGGAUCCAACUGGUCAAAUCUCAAAAAGUAUCGAAAUUUGACUACGGUAGAGAGGGAAAUCUUGAAGAAUAUGGUCAGGAGACACCUCCAGAGUACAAGUUGGAAAAUAUAAAUGCGCCCACGUUUUUGUAUUGGAGUAAGGAUGAUAUUUUGGCGGACACACAGGACAUUAGGUUGGUUCUUUCUAGUCAUUUUGUUUUUUAAUUGUAGACUUGCUUCAGGGACACAAUUCUGUCAAAAAUGAACAAAACAAUCGCUGGAUCCAUGGAACUGCUUCAUUAUAGUCAUAUGGACUUUGUGUUUGGAGUCAAUGCCGCGUUUGAUUUGUACCCGGUAAUACUUUUUCACUUUCUCAACUGAAAGGUUCAUUUUUGAUUCCAGAAAAUCAUAAAAACCAUCCAAGACGACUAUGACAAACAUCGGAUUUCUAAGAUGCUCAGAUUCACAAGAAACCUUCAACCUUGA